AUGGAAGAAGGAGAUUGGAAGAAGAGGAAGAGGAAGACGAAGACGAAGAUGAAGAAGACGAAGAAGACGUCAAGGAGCGGCGACGAUGAAGGCGAGAAAAGGCGAAGAAAGACGAAAAAAGGACGGAAGAAGGAGGAAGUCCAGGCACCGCUUAGUCAGACUGGCUUCGACAAGCGAGAAAGCGAAGAAGAAGAAGAAGAAGAAGAAGAAGCCAGGAAGAAGACAGGAGGAAGAAGGCAGGGCAAGGGGAGGGCUAGAGGAGGGCGGGAGAAGCGCUUUUAG